CUAAAAAUAACUCUGCCUAGCAGAACUGAACGCCAUGGCUGCCGUUCGCCCGAUAACGCAACAGAUCGCUCGCUCUGUUCACGAGAGCAAACCCACUUCACACGAUCUCUGCAUCUCUGAUGUCAGUGACUGUCUGAUAUUUGAUCGGCACGGUGUCUCUAAAACCUUCGACAGUUUGUUUCAACACAACAAAGCGAUCAUUAUUUUCGUCAGGAAUUUCUUGUGCUACACAUGCAAAGAAUAUGUGGAGGAUUUGGGGAAAAUACCUCAGAAUAUGUUGCAGGAAUCGAAUGUCAGAUUGGUAGUGAUUGGACAGUCAUCAUGGUGUCAUAUAGAGGGUUUCUGCUCUCUGACAGGCUAUCCUCAUGAAAUGUAUGUUGAUCCGGAGAGACAAAUUUACAAAAAACUUGGAAUGAGAAGAGGAGAGACAUACAUGGAAACACCUUCCAGCAGUCCACAUGUCAAAUCCAGUUUGCUCGUCGGGAGUCUGAAGAGCAUGUGGCAUGCCAUGACGAGCCCUGUCUUUGACUUCCAGGGAGAUCCGCUGCAGCAAGGCGGAGCCCUGAUUGUAGGCCCAGGUCCAGAGGUUCAUUUUGCACAUUUUGACAUGAACCGGUUGGACCACAUGCCCAUCAACUGGUUGCUUCAAUUAGCAGGUGUUCAAACGCUAGACUUCAGCGAUUCACCCAAAAUUAUUCAUAUCUAAAGGGAGAAGGAGCUGUUAUGCCAUGAUGGAACUGCAUUCGACGCUUCUAGCUGUUAUAAUGCAACGCUGCUCUUUGUUUGAACUCUAUAAUGGCGCAAUAUUGUUGUAUAUAGUAUUGUUUUUAUAUAUUAUUUAUGCUUGACAGGAACAAGCCAUUCCACUGCUGGGGACCCUUGAUUUUAUGUUUGUGUUACAACUAAUAAUUUGUUUUAUAUUCUGCUAUAACAUCAUCAUUAUUGAGUGGAGUAUAAAACACUUGUUGUGUUGUGAAUCUUAUAUAAACAUGUCAACAUGUCCAAGUUACAUUUUAUCCUCGAAAACAAAACAUAAAAAUAGGAUAUUUUACAUAAAGACGAAAAUUAUAGGACAGUUAAGUUUUGUGCACUGUUUAAAUUAUUUGCUUUAUCAUAAAAGUUAUUUUUUACUGCAAAACAAUAAAAACUUUUCUACCAUUAUGUUUUCUUUUAACAUUGUGCAUUAAGUUAUUCUUAUUACUGUAACAGUCAUAGUCAUCUGCAUAAAUUAUACAACUAAUAUAGCAGCUGUGCAUAAAUACUUCACUGUUUUUUCAUUACAAUGAAGAGAAUUAGUGUGUAUGUACAUAUGUAUGUAAACAGGAUUCAUACAGAUACUGUCAAAUGAAGUCCUAGGACUUUUCAAGAACUGCUUUUUUAUUUUUAAGGACUUCAAAUAAAGUUUGUCUUUUCAAACAAUGUCUUAUAUUUUAAACUGUAAAAAAGAUAAAUCAAAAUAUACUAACAUAAUAAAAUUGCAAAAUUAAAGUGAAGCACAUGCAAAG